AUGGGGAAAUCGGAGUUGAUACCCAAAAUACAGCCAAAGAAGAGGGUACGGCCAGUCUCCAAUCCCCUCUAUACUAAUGAAGAGGCCUUUUUCUGCAACAUCCUCAAGCAUCAUCAUGUGUGCCCAGGAGAACAGUUUCCUGCCUUCGACCGCCUCUAUUCUGUAUCUUUAGAGCACGGAGAAGGUUUCUAUUUGGGAUGUCAAACAUUCUAUACCUUCACGUUGGAAUUCAUGGAUCCAGAAAAAUGUGAGAAAUCUACCGAGAUUGCACCUCCUACUUGUCAAGUUGUGGUUCGGCCCAAGUCUUACAAAAAGCCUGCUAAAUAUGACAUUCAACAAUUGACGCCGAUUGAUGAGUCCAGUGAGUCCACCGAAACUAUUGAAGAGAGAACGAGAAAUGGUCGGCCAUGCUUCUCAAUGACAAUGUUCCCUAGACAAGAUUUCGAUCAUCGGCAAGAUGAACAGCUCGGAGUGGUCUCUUCACAAAUGCCUGCUACAAUUCCGAACAAUAAAACUUUAUUACUCGGAAUCCCACAUUAUUCAAUCCCUCCUUUAUCCCCAAUGUCGAAAAUGAUUCAGGAUCUUGAGUACCCAUCAUUAUUGGUACCCACAGAGACCUGUUCAAGCGAAUCACUUGAUUCAAUUCAUGGUCAAUUGUUGAAGCCAUCAAUCGCCGAAAUCAAUGGAAUUGAAUCAAGUAAAGACAAUGGACUCCACGCCAUCUCUAUUCACUCAAUUUCAGCGAACCCCGCACCAAAGGUACCUGAUGAAAUUCAACCGACGUCCCAGUUUCCUAAUCUUAUAUACGAUACUCGAACCGAUAGAUACAUCGAGAAAUCAAAGGCUGGAAUCGAAGAAUACUCUAGACUCAAUGACGAUCUAGCAGUUGAUAGCAUGCACACAACGACUCAUGAAGCGAGGGGAGAGAAAGGCAUGGUCGUGAGCCGAAUAGUGGACCAUCCUGAGGCGGCAAUUAUGAAAUACACAAAUUCAGAUGGUACAAUGGGAAUUCGACCUUUGAGGAUGAAGUCACAAGUUCAAGACAAUGGUUUAUACCGAGAAUUUAAGGUUGGACUCGGAAACGAAAGUGCGGAAGACGUUGUUAAACGACAUUUGCGAAUGGCUUCAGAGCCAGAACGACUUGUGAUUCCAGGAUCAGAUCAGCAUAUUGGCCCAUUGAGAGCCGAUACAAUACCGAUCAAGAGAAUCGCGAGACAUUCAUCUGCGAAUUCGUCCCGGAAACUUGAAGACUCUCCGACCUUAUCCCGCAGAAAUUCCCGCCGCAGGAAGGCCGGCCCAAUCUACUUGCCGGCUUGUAGCGAGAACAGAGAUGGAAGUCCAAAAAGACCCCUUUUCACUCCAGUCAAUACAAGAUCGCCAUCACCAAGAGCUCAUCCAGUUCGUUCGCCUCCACCAAUGGAUCGUCCAUAUCGUCAUAUGAGUCAACUAUCCAUAAACAACGCACCUGGUAUUGAUAGCCCCUCAACACAAGAUCGUGGUUCGGUUGAAAGUGAUAUUUCUUCAGUCGCGGUUGAUGUUACUUCUUUCGUACCGCCAAGAGCCACUACACCAUCUCCAGCCAUUGAUAUCACUUCUGUCAUGCCACAGUUAAAGACUACCAAGUCCCCAACUAUUUCUGGGAGCCCAAUAAAGGUUCCAACCUAUACCCUUAGCCUCCCUAAUAUCUUCUCAUCUCCAUCACCAAUUGCUCCACCACCUAAAGUUGCAUCCGCAGUUCCCGCUGCUCCCAUGUCGAAGUCCAAUUCUACAAACAUCCUAUCUGCCCCUAUCUUCAAUCAGAUAAGACAUGGUAUCACUUCAUCGAUAUACUCCCUUCACAUCCCUGAAUCCUUUCCUCACAAUAAUGUUCAUAUACAGCCUCAGAUUUCCAGGAUUCCCAGCGUCCCAUCUCCACCAACUACGCCAACGGCUAGCCUUUUUCGGUCCGACACAACCAAUACGAAGAACACAGUAAGUACUGUACCCAGUACACCCACUCAAGGUACUUACAGCCACAGCCGCCACAAUACAUAUUCGACAGAUCUAUCUAGCAUUGCAUCACCCAUGACUAGCCCGCUUUCCAAUGUCAAACCGUCCUCCGAUGCUGAUCCAUUUCGGAUCCCCAGUCCAUCUCUCAAUGCUUUUUCAUCUCCAAAUGCCGCUCCAUACGUCAACCCAUCGCCCAUACCCUGUCCCCGCAGCAAUCUCAGCGAAGAAAGCAUCGCCUUAACCGAACAUCUAGUUCGAGAGGGUAUCUACGGCGGUAUCGUCUACGACAUCGCUGCUUCUCCCAAUCUCUAUCCGACUCAUCCAGAACCACCAGUUCCCCAUCUCACAAAAAAGCUUACUCCCUCUCAACUUCAACGCAAAAAGAAACGCGCAGCCCGCAAACUCCAAUCUGCGCUACGAAAGCGCGCAAAGGCGGAGAAAAGAGAAAAGAAAGCUGCAGCGAAACAAGCUAAAACUACGCUUAAAAGAAUAAAAUCCCGAACUAGGAAAGCGAAACUAGCGGUGCAGAGUAAGAAAGGAACGUUGAAUUAUCUCACCAUUCGCGUCUUCUUCAGGAGCUUAGGAAAUGGAGUUAGAAUGAAGUGGCAAGGAGCUAGACGGAGACUGAGUCAGGUACAGUUUUCGAAGGUUCUGGGAGCGAGACAGGAGAGAAAGGUGGCGGGUGAUGGAUUUGAUUUUGUUUGUAGGGGAGAAAGCGAGGAUAAGAAUUGGGAGGAUGUGAGGAUGAGUGGUGGGGUUUUGGAGCCGAUGGCGAGUAGAGAGGGUGAGGAGAUUACGGAGUCGAAGGUGAAGGAGUGA